GAAGAAGAAGAUUCUUGAGUUCAUCCUUGCAAAUCGCCUGUCAAAGGAAUUGACAGCGAAGAAGUAGAUGAUGUUCGAGCCAAGUUCCAUGCUUUCUAAUGUUCCCCCCAUGCUAUUCCGUGUUGUGCAUAAUACCGAGCACGCCUGCUGCUUUCAAGCUCCUUCCCAUACUGUGUACUAUACCAAGCACCCCAGCUUCAACUGCUGAGUGCUGCAGACUGUACUACCGGGUUUCAACACCCUUUUUCAGAUUUCAUCAUCUUGUUGUUUGUUUUGUCACAUUGUGUAUUGAACUCACGUCAAGUGAUUAUUGGACUAAACACAGGUAUCCAACGACGAAGUUACCGUCGUAUUCCCGCCAGCGUACGUCUAUCUACCAAGUAUCCCGACUAACCACUCCACAGGAAGCCAAUGUCACCUGCAUGUGCCGCGCAGCCCUCAACGUUUCACACGCAACCUGGUUCUCCGAAGACGCAGCCUUCAUAGCGCACAAGAAAAACCUCUACGAAGGACUCCAUCGCAGUGAAGAACACCACGAGUCGAUGCAGGUAGACGCCAUGGAGGAGGGUGAACGGGAGCCUGCUGCACCGCUGUGCAAGGCGUCGAGGGAAAAUGUGUACUUUUGGAAUAUUGUUUUCUACGUACUUUGUGACUUUUCGAGGCAUUCAUAUUCUUCCGACAGCUCAGCGCACGUGCAUCGCCAUCUCAGCACCUAAAUCAGCCUCUCAAGCCACCCCGUCGCUACAGCAAGCCGUUCUUUACACAACUCGCUUAGAUCGAUGACCGUGCUGCUCAUGCGGACUAUUUUUAUGAUGGGAUUGAACGGCAUGUG